AUGGGGUGGGUUUGAGCUUAUCUUUGGAUAUUUUGUAGAUGGAUCGAUCGCUGAUGCCGUUUUUACGAGCGAUUUUUUUGGAAAAUCGCAAAUUUUGUUGUUGAUGAUCUUGCGACUGGCAGAAGUGCUGUCGGUGCGUUUUUUUACACUUUCCUGACGCUCACUGUCGUUGUCAAGUCGCUUGCAUUGAGUGAUUACAUUCGACACAAGGUCCUUUACAUACCGAUCAAAUUAACAAUUCAAACAGCUCCAAAAAAAUGUCCAAAAUCGAGGUCCCUCUGUUUGACAUACAAAAAAACCAUGUUAUAUAAUCGAUAUGGCCAUGAAAAUCGAAGUACUAGGGCAGAAGAACACGGAGAAUUUAAUGGCAAAAAAAUGAUUUGGCUACACCUAAACAUUUUCGCGCCAGGAGCUAUGAAAAAAAGUUUCCGUUUUUUCUGGCCACCCUGUAAUUGUAAGCAUCAAGUUAUUAUUAGAUCGAAGCAAAGAUUCAACCAGAAUCUUUGACCAAACUAAAAUCGGAGGAUGAUUUAACAGCUCAGGAAGUCCGCGAGAUCUUAUUUGACAUUUUAUUCGGAGAGAAUCAAACAGAAAUAGCCGCCAAAAACGAGGACAGACCAGCCUGUCCAUUGCCGAGAACCCUGGCCAAGACCAAAAUCACGACUCAAGAUUUCACCGCUAAUUUACAAUUCUGGCUACUAAAACCUAAAGUAAUAUUAUUUUAAGUAUCGUCUUAAUUAUUUGUAUUCCUUCAGCUCCAAUUCCUUCGCAAUCUUCAUCCAACUUUGAGUAGAAAACUGGACGCCCCUUACAAUGAAGUAGUAUUGUAAGUCCUUUUAAAAGACAAAUUGUUUUUAGAAAAGAGAAUGGGUUGAUGUAUAUCUCUUAUGAAUUCCUGCAACCAACCGACUGUACAAAUCUGGUCGCCUUCUCUGAGAAAAUUGUAAGUUACAGUUCGGAAGUGGACGAGAUCACGGCCGAGUGUGAAUGUAAUGUAUACGUGAUACGCAAGAAGUUGUGA